AGCAUGUUAUAUGUUUGGAAUCAGUUCUUUUAACCCUAAUUGAUGGAGUGUGUAGCUUUUCAUUUCUUAAACAACCAUGUAGGAAGACGUGUCAUGGCCAUAUUCCAGGAUGACAAAGCUAAGAUUCAUCAGGCUCAAAUUGUAAAAGAAUGGUUGGGAGGGAGCAUGAAGAAUCAUUUUCACACAUGAAUUGGCACCUCUGAGUCCAGACCUUAAAUUCAUUGAAAGUCUUUGGGAUGUGCUGGAAUAGACUUUACAGAGUGCUCACCUCUUGCAUUGUCAAUACAAGAUCUUGACCAAAAACUGAUGUACCACUUGAUGGAAAUAACAUCACAACAUUAAUUUGUUACUGAUUAUUAUUUUUAAAUUGUAGAAUUUUGGGCCAUUUUCCAGGGUAGGAUAUUUGAUACCAAAUGUAUGGAAAGUUAUAUUACAAGAUGAUAUCCCAUUAUCCAUCAUAUAGUCUAUAAAAAUAAUAAAUCAAAAAGGUGAUUCAUAAUCUCAUAAAGGUCCUAUGUGAUCUCACCCAGAAGGCCAGUGUUUCUUCUGACUGCUGUCUCCCAUGGGGAAGUGUGUCAGCUGUUGCACAGGUCAGGGGGUUGUGUUUCACAUGUACAAGUAUGGAUUCCACAUCUUUGUAAAGGACCUAUAAAUAGCCUCCAGUUGGAGUUUGGUUGAAGUAUUGGAACAGCUGAUGAAGACUGUAUUCCUGACAGCAAAGCGGAACUGAUUCAACCCUGCCUCUUCUUUCUCAACCACUAACAGAAGUGCGGAACAGAGAGCGCUGGAUUAGCCAUUUACUUCAUUGUGACCAUCAGGGAUAGUACGCAAUCAAUAUGGCUCUACCCAUAGAUCCCAUGGAGGAGCCGCGCAUGUACCAGCAAACUUUGCUGCAAGAUGGUCUAUACGAUCUUCUGGAGAGCGAUAUGAUGGUUGACUGUGUGUUGAAGAUAAAAGACAAAGAGUUUCCAUGCCACCGGUUGGUCCUGGCUGCUUGCAGCUCAUACUUCAGAGCUUUCUUCAAGUCAGGUGUGGAGGAGAGUAAACAGAAGGAGAUCGUACUGGAGGAUGUGGAGCCUGGCGUCAUGGGGAUGAUCUUGAAGUACCUCUACACCUCGAACAUCAAUGUGACGGAGCAAAACGUGCAGGACAUCUUCGCUUUGGCCAACAUGCUUCAGAUUCCCUCGAUUUUCACUGUAUGUGUCUCGUUCCUGCAAAAGCGACUGAGUUUGAGCAACUGUUUGGCGAUUUUUCGACUAGGACUGAUGCUAGAUUGUCCUCGUCUGGCCAUAUCUGCGAGGAACUUCGCUUGUGAGCGCUUCAAGCUUAUUGCUCGGGAUGAAGAAUUCCUGCAACUGAUUCCGAGCGAAUUGGCGGCCGUUAUUGCAUCUGACUCUUUGAACGUAGAAACGGAGCAAGAAGUUUUUGAGGCUUUGAUCAAGUGGGUUGGACAUGACCAAGAAAAGAGGCUGGAGGACCUACCGGGUCUGCUGGAUUGCAUCAGAUUACGCCUGGUUCCUCAAGACUACUUCACCAAAAAUGUGGAGAAACAUGAAUGGUUGAGCUCGAACCCUGAGAUCACCAAGAAACUGCAACUAGUCAAAGACGCCCAUGCUGGGAAGCUUCCAGAAGUCAAGAAGACCAAAACCAAAAAGAGUGCUGGUGAGGAAGGAGAGAAGGAGGGAGAUGAAGAGGAAGAAGAGCAGGAGGAGCUACUUCCAGGCAUCUUGAAUGACAAUCUGCGGUUCGGGAUGUUCCUGAGAGACUUGAUCUUCUUGAUCAAUGACACUGCAUCGGUGGCUUAUGACCCGACGGGAAACGAUUGUUAUGUGGCGGCACUCUCUACCCAAAUCCCUAAAAACCACUGCAGUCUGGUCACAAAGGAAAACCAGAUAUUUGUGGCAGGUGGACUCUUUUUUGAUGAGCAAAACAAAGACGAACAGAUCUAUUUAUACUUCUUGCAGUUUGACCCUGCGACCUCAGACUGGAUGGGCAUGCCUCCCAUACCCUCCCCUCGCUUCCUGUUCGGGAUGGGUGAGGCUGAAAACUUCAUCUUUGUGAUUGGAGGGAGAGAAAUGAAGGAAGGAGAACCCAUUCUGGAAACUGUCAUGGUUUAUGACAGACAGUGUCUUAAAUGGGCCGAGUCAGAUCCUCUUCCCUACCCAGUAUAUGGCCAUGGAGUAGUGUCUCAUAAUGAAAUGAUCUAUGUAAUUGGAGGAAAGGGGGAGAACAAACAGUGUUUGAAUAGAGUGUGUGCCUAUGACACUACAAAACAUCAGUGGACAGAUCUGGCUCCAUUAAAUACUGCACGUUCACUUUUUGGGGUCACCAUCCACAAAAAUAAGAUCUACGUGGCAGCUGGUGUCACUGACACUGGCCUCACAGGCAGCGCUGAGGUCUAUGACAUCAAAACCAACAAGUGGUCAGAGUUUGUGGAGUUUCCCCAGGACCGUAGUUCCCUUAGCUUGGUCACUGUGGGUGGUGUCCUCUAUGCUGUGGGUGGUUUUGCCAUGUUCCCCAAAGAGGACAGCGAUGAUCUCAUGCCGCAGGAGAUGAAUGACAUCUGGAGGUAUGAUGAGGGCGAGAGGAAAUGGAACGGCAUACUGAGGGAGAUUCAAUAUGCAUCUGGUGCAACAGUUCUGGGAGUUCGUCUCAACACUCUUCGACUCACAAAAAUGUGAGACUACGCCAGUGCUGUCUAAUGAUUCAGUGUAAAGGAAAGAAGAAUAAACACUCUGCUGAUUUAAAAUCAGCUAGCAUGGGACAAAGUGAAGACUGAACCAGCACAAAACAUAAGAGGAUAGAACAUGUGUUCACAGACUCAUUCCAUGAAAGUGAUCAUAUUCAACAUUUAAACACAUUAUGAAUCAUUUAUCAUUUGGAACAGAAAGAAAAAGCCAUCCAACCCAAGCUCAUUGGAAAAACGUACCUACGGCAACAAUUCUGCGAAAUAGUAUCAUGUUGUUUCUUGCAUGUUUCACGGCACUUUCAAAGUGAAAUGUCUAGUGAAUGAUGAUAAAAGCGCGUUCAGUUUUAUCUGAAAACAGAUGAACGUGAAUCUGCCAAUGUUUUAUGUAUGUACGUUGUUGUACGUAGUGGCGCUAAAAGGUUAAUGCGCUAUAGCGUUUGAAAAUAUCGUACCACCAAUAAACCUAUACCGAUAGAGUUAACAAAAGCAAAUAUGAGGGGGAAAAAACACAUUUGCUGAAGCAACCAUACCAUUUCAACUUGCUUUUACAAGUCUGUGAGCUUUUUUAUCUUUGACUCAUUUUGCACAGCACUCGUACCCAAAAGCGCUCUGCAUCACAAGUGCAAUGCUGUACCAGGCUACCGAGUAAGUUUACUACAUCAGAAAAGCCAUAGCCCACAUAAUUAGUCUUUAUUAAUCGAUAAUCUGCCCCUGUAAUUCUAAUUUGUUUGAAUUACAAUGAAUACAAGUUGUUGUUUUACUGCCACUAGUGUUCAUUUCAGCUGGAAGCUGUAGUGAAUUGUAAUUAUCACAACAUUUUUUCUUUUGUCAAAUCAACUUCAGUAAUUAAUGUGGUUCAGAUAACAUAAUAUUUUGAGUUUCUGUUGAUUAAACCAAUCGUCUUCAUUGUAUUAACUCAAAUUCUUAAUUUCAGUGAACUCAAAAUUUUAAGGCAACCAGGUAACUUACUUUUUUAAGUUAAACCAACAAUUCUUUUUUACAGUAAGUUUUUCGAGUUUUGCAAAAAUGUAGAACAUGUUUUUCCAGUAAGCCUAUGUUGCAACCGGCACAGAUAUCUUGAAAAUAAGGUUGUGGAAAUGCUGUUUCUGAACACUUUUAUUAUGGCUUUGUUGUGUAAUUUUAUUGUUUUUUAAGAUUAUUGUUCAUGUGACAUUUCUGUUGUGUUCUGUAUGAGAGAAAUAUUUGCCUUUCAAAGUAAAGCAAAAACAAACACAAAAAUGCUUGGUGUGAUGAUUCAUUUAGUUCACUAUUGAAAUUAUCAUUUUAUUAUGUUACAGACAAUAAAUACUACCCAAUACAAUAAAUGACAAAAUACAGCCUCAUUUUAUUAGCACCGCUAGACUCUAGUCUUAGAAUUGUUUAGUAUUCUGCUGACAGAACCAGCACAACUGCCAACUGCAUGUACACAAAGUUAACCAAGACAUACUAGCGUAUAGAAUUAAAAGGUAGGAACAGUCACACUCAUGAUUGUUUUAAUACACUGAAAGUAUGGUUAAGUUUAAGUAUUACAUGUUGAGUGCUAGUUUAGGAAAAAAGUGAAUAUAUUUCUUGAGUUUGGUUUUAUAAUGUCUUUCCAAGAUAACUGCAUGGUGAGUCUUUUCUUAAAAAAAUUAAACAGACAAUAAGAAAAACUUCUCAAAUUCUGAAGUGCAAAUCAUCUCUUGCUAUCACUUAUGAUUUAUUACAAAGGAUAGCACACACCAGAACAAACUAAAAUAACAGACAAAUCCUUCUUAAUAUAAAUCUUUCUUCCUUUCCAAAAUCACUUAAAUAAUGAAAAGGCCACAAGCAUCCCAAGUCUUUCUUAAUAAGCAGCAAACUAGGAAUAAUACACACUAGUAAAGUACGCAAAACAUAAAAAAUUGUAAAGACUUCCACCUUUUACACUCCCUCACAACCUGUAAGAGAAACAUGUUCUUUUAGAUGCACAAAUUCAAUUCAAAUUUUAGCUCUUCAAUGGCCCUUUUCAUACUACAAUAUCUCCAAAGAUGGAGGUUUACAUCUGUGCAAUUUCACUUCAUGUAAAAUAAUAAGACAUUAGUUUAAGGCUGCGUUUAACUCCACUUUUAGACAUACUUCCCUAAGCACUUCCCAUUGGGAGAAUCCCUGACGCCAUUUUGAAGUGCGUUCAACUUUGUCAAGUGGGCGAGGGAAGUUUAUCUGGACAGACCCUCAACCCCUCGAUUUUUGACCAAGGGAGCGAGUCUACUCAAGAUGUACACUUCAGGCAGAUCCAUAGACCACAAUGCAACAUGAUUGUGACGUCACAGCAGAUCACGCUUAAUUUACCCCACACAACUCUAGUGUUUGAUACUGGAGUUAUUUUGACAUUUAACCACAUAAUACUUGUAGCUACCAUAAGCUUACUGUUAUAAUUUAUUGUAUUGUCGUCAUUUUAGUUUGUGUAAUGUUUUUAUAUUUUCUCCAAAAGCCCAAGCAUACAUGCAGGCCUAUGGAACAAAUUCAUAAGGAAAAAAAACUGUAAAUAGUAGGAAGUUAGAGAUGGAAGAGCAUAAAAAAAUUGAACUUAAACGCAGCCUGAGAGAGAGAGAGACAGCGAGAGAGAGAGAGAAAUUAAUCUAAAACCUUGUACCAUAUCUUUAAUAUUCAAAUAAAGUGCACACACACACACACACAAAAAAAAAGAAAAAAGAAAAAG